CGUGAACUUGCUGGCAGCGUACUCGCCUAGCUGCAACGCGUGCACUGGCGAAUCAUGGCGGAGAGUCAGCAGCGAAUAGCGGAGCUGUGCUUGAUGGCUCAGCUACUAGGGCACUCUGACUCACGCAAGACUCAUACGGCCUCACAGUGCACUGCGCGUGCUGCACUCGGCCCCUCCAGACUGCUGGCUCGCGAGUGGUGAGCCCAGAGUGGCUUGCUCUGGUUCCGGCCGCCAUCGGCGCGCAGACAAUUCGAAUGUCUGACUUCGGAAUUGCUGGAUCACGUCGCAUACGGAUCUACGAGGUUGCUGUUCAAAUCACAAACAGACCCUCUUCGCCGCAUACCUUUGUGAGUCGCCGAAGUGGCAGUCAUACUGCCGUCGGGCGUGUAUGUGUACGUGAUGUGGAAAAGAUGCUGCAUGGGACCUUUCUUACCACGUCCUCGGCAGUAUGACAGCUGGAGGCCAUCCAAUCGUGAUACCGGCUCAGUCGCGGACUAUCACAAAUGCAAUGCGAAAUGAUUCACCACGGGCUCGCCGUCUUUUGUUGGGAUGGGUUUGAGCAAUGCCCUCCGGGAACACUGUCAUGCGGGCCGCACCAUGCUUUGGCAACGCGAUAGGCAGCAGCUGUACACCUUGUCAUCUCAGGAGUCGCAGUGGAUUAGUAAGCGCUCCAUCGCUAGUACCUCACGCCACCUAGCUAUCGCUCAGCGGUUCCCUACGACGCGGUCCCAUCAGCCUCUGCCGUUGCAGGCAAGGGAACUUGGGACCAAGAAGAAUGGAGUCAGUCAGGGUGUCAUUAUUCAGCGGGACUUCGGUUCGGACGACUGACAGGCGCGCUACAUGAACCCAGAGACGGCAUCCUGGAUUCAACAUCAACUCGAGCGCCACGCGGAAUUUAGAUUUUGAACAUACCAUUUGCAAGGACAAGCGUUCAGGCUACGAACGAGGAGUGGCGCGGCUAGGCAUCGCAACGUCACAUCACAGACCGAAAGGGGAGGAAGACUGGUGUAACGGCUGGCAAGCGGCGCUCUAGAGCAGAGUAGUGUUGGCUGCUCGACCUUGGUGGCGGCAUCGAGUCCAAGAGCUCGCAAAGCCAAGGCGAUGCACCUAUCUCGAGCUGCAAAAAAAAAAGUAGUGGCUGGGCGAACAGUCGAUAGACUUGCUCGCGACCGUAAGGCCGAGGUCAUGUGCGAGCAUCUAUGCACACGCGACGUGAGAAUCUCCACCAAGAUCUUCAUGCUAGUCCAGCAACAUCGCCAUGCAGGAAUCUCAACAGGGGUGCUGGUACCGUGUAUCAAUUAAGUGAUCACGCAGAAAGAGAGGCGCACGUCUUCCGGCGGGCGGAAUCGCCGACUCGACUGUGGUGGAUGUGAGAUCAAGACGUGGAAAAAGCGCGUCCGGUCGCAUGUUGCGCGCCUCCGCCGUCUCAUUUUGCCCCUCGCGCUCGCGCUCGCGCUCACCUGCCAAUCUUGACCGCCGUCGGUCAUUGUUGCCACGAAGAUGAGACAUGCGUAGACACCAUCUCAGUGCCGCCAUGCUGCUCUGGCUCGAUAGCUUCACAGGACCGCUGUACUGGCCCGUAGCAGCAGAACAGACCUGUGCGACCAGUGUCAAUGACGGAACAACGCUGUGGGCGACUUUGCCUGCGACAGAUUUGAGAAGAAAGACCUCGGUAAGGUUAUGCUUCACCCAUGCAAAGACCGGAAUUAAGCAACCAGACUGGCAGGGAGGCCCAUGCCGAUUGACGCAACUUCGAAGCCCCAACUGGGGAGCGUACUGCGAGUGUAGGUCUAUCUCCUACUCGCGCAGUGUGUGGCCUUUCGGCUUUCGAGGGGCGCCGGGUGCAAUUCGAUUGCUGGACACACGUUCGCCACGUCGGGCAUGCGACGAAAUACACUCCUGUGCUGCCGUCGCUGGGCUGCACUGGCCGCUCUUUGCGCUCCCAAUGGUGCGUUGGCUACGACUAGCCCUCAAUCCUACAUAAUAGCCAGACACACAUCGCAGCUUGAAGCCAAAAGUAGCUCGUCUCCAUCUGCUCAUCCCACCGCGAUUACCCGUGCGAGCUCAUCGAGUAGGACGUCAGCUGUCGCACGCUCUUCCCAACCCGCAAAGCCUCACGGAAAGAUUUCUUCACUAAAGCCUCAG